UUGUGUUUUGUCGUCGGUGCAGAGAGCGUUGAGCUGUGAAAGGACAGGGAGAGGGACCAAUCGAGUCUAGGGUGUAUUUUUUUAUAUUCCGUUGACAGUUUAGCAUUACUGGGGCAGCAUAAUGACCGAUAAAAUGGAUAUGUCUCUAGACGACAUUAUCAAGCAGAACAGGCAGCAGAGAGGCGGAGGCCGGGGUGGAAGAGGUCGAGGCCGCGGAGGCUCAGGCGGCGGCCGCGGAGGAGGCCCUGGGCGUCUUGGAGUCAGCGGCGGAGGAUAUGGAGGCCGAGGCGGCGGAUCCGGCCCCAUGAGGAACCGACAGAACAUGAGCCGCGCUAGAGGCAGACCAACGCCGUACAGCAGGCCUAAACAGCUUCCAGAUAAGUGGCAGCACGACAUGUUCGACAACGGCUACAGCAACUUCAAUGGCGCUGCUGGGGGUGGCGGAGGAGCUGGUGUGGAAACUGGAGGGAAGCUCCUUGUCUCCAAUCUCGACUUUGGGGUCUCAGAUGCAGAUAUUCAGGAACUUUUUGCUGAAUUUGGGACACUGAAAAAGGCUGCAGUUCAUUACGACCGAUCAGGAAGAAGCCUCGGUACAGCAGAUGUCCACUUUGAAAGAAGGGCAGAUGCUCUCAAGGCCAUGAAACAGUACAACGGCAUUCCACUUGAUGGGCGGCCCAUGAACAUACAGCUCGUCACAUCACAGAUUGACACACAGAGACGACCUAUGCAGGGUCUGAACAGAGGCGGCGGUGGCAUGAACAGAAAUCGUGGCGGCGGCUUCGGAAGCAUGCAGAGAGCCCGUGGAGGGCGCGGUGCAGGCGGUGCCAGAGGAAGAGGGCGAGGCGGCCGUGGUGGCGGCGGCGGCACAAGCAAGCAACAGCUGUCAGCAGAGGAGCUCGACGCCCAGUUAGACGCCUAUAAUGCCAGGAUGGACACCAGCUAAAAAAAAUCAAGCUCUUCCUUGUUCUCGUCCCUUCCUGUCCGCACAGCAGAAGGGUGUAGUUACAGAUGUGCAGAAUAUUUUACACUUGGUUGUCUUCUGAUGUGAUUGAAAUUAUUGUUCCAACCUCUUCUUUUAAAUGCUCCAAAGUGUUUUUUACCAGUAUUUUUUUGUUUUGUUUUGUUUUGUUUUCUGAUGAAAAUGGUUUUGGCUGUAGGUUGUAGAAUUGGGUUUCCCCAGUUCUUUCUUCUACCCUGUAGUAAAUGAAACUUGUAAUAAAAACCUGCAGUGCAUAUUCACCAAA